UCAAUCAUCUUACUCUCCCAAACACCUCAUUUUCCUCCCAUCCAAAAUACCCCCCAAAACACUUCACAUCGCAAUCAUGAGCGGAGCACCAGCAUCCAAGUUCAAGGUCGCUGACCUGUCCCUCGCGGCUUUCGGCCGCAAGGAGAUCGAGCUUGCUGAGAAUGAAAUGCCCGGUCUCAUGGCCACCCGUGCCAAGUACGCUGAGGAUCAGCCACUUAAGGGUGCCCGCAUUGCUGGAUGUCUCCACAUGACCAUCCAGACUGCUGUCCUCAUCGAGACCCUCACCUUCCUCGGUGCUGAGGUUACCUGGUCUUCCUGCAACAUCUUCUCCACCCAGGACCACGCCGCUGCUGCCAUUGCCGCCGCUGGUGUCCCAGUCUUCGCCUGGAAGGGUGAGACCGAGGAGGAGUACCAGUGGUGCCUUGAGCAACAAUUGGUUGCCUUCAAGGACAAUAAGGGCCUCAACCUGAUUCUCGAUGACGGUGGAGACUUGACCUCGCUGGUCCACAAGAAGUACCCUGAGAUGCUCAAGGGCUGCUACGGUGUCUCUGAGGAGACCACCACCGGUGUUCACCACCUUUACAAGAUGCUCAAGAACGGCGAGCUGUUGGUCCCAUCCAUCAACGUCAACGACUCCGUUACCAAGUCCAAGUUCGACAACCUUUACGGUUGCCGUGAGUCCCUCGUCGAUGGUAUCAAGCGUGCCACCGAUGUCAUGAUUGCCGGAAAGGUCGCCGUUGUCGCCGGUUUCGGUGAUGUCGGAAAGGGUUGCGCCAUGGCUCUCCACUCCAUGGGUGCCCGUGUCCUCGUCACUGAGGUUGACCCCAUCAACGCCCUCCAGGCUGCUGUCUCUGGUUUCCAGGUCACCACCAUGGAGAAGGCUGCCCCCCAGGGACAAAUCUUCGUCACCACCACCGGCUGCCGUGACAUCCUCGUUGGCGAGCACUUCGAGGCCAUGCCCAAUGAUGCCAUCGUCUGCAACAUUGGUCACUUCGAUAUCGAGAUUGACGUCGCGUGGUUGAAGGCCAACGCUGAGUCCGUCCAGAACAUCAAGCCCCAAGUCGACCGCUUCCUCAUGAAGAACGGCCGCCACGUCAUCCUCCUCGCUGAGGGCCGCCUCGUCAACCUUGGCUGUGCCACCGGCCACUCCUCGUUCGUCAUGUCGUGCUCGUUCACCAACCAGGUCCUUGCCCAGAUCCUGCUGUUCAAGUCCGAGGAUGCCGCUUUCGGCAAGAAGUACAUUGAGUUCGGCAAGACCCAGAAGCUCGAUGUCGGUGUCUACGUUCUCCCCAAGAUCCUGGACGAGCAGGUCGCCCAGCUCCACUUGGCACACGUCAACGCCGAGCUGUCCACCCUCUCCCCUGUCCAGGCUGAGUACCUCGGCCUCGCCGUCGAGGGCCCAUACAAGCCAGACAUGUACCGUUACUAGAGAGUUUUCCUUUUGGAGUCUUAAUCAGGGGCUGGAGCAUUUUUCAACACGAGUUAUGAUAGCAUGAAUCUGGGGAACUAGGGAGCAUUUGUCCUUCAACGGCAUCUUCACAACAAAGGGUUUUCCGGAAAAGUUAUAUUUCAACAAAGGAUAAGGGAAUGGGAUGGGGGGUGUUUCGUUUUGUAGCGUACGGCGUUUGCUUGGCUGGCUCUUCAACCACGGUCAAGUAGAAUGUAGAGAUGAACUUGACAGAG